UGAUGGGGAAGGUCAGAAGCAUUGUAGUGGCAUUUGAGCGUGCGGUUGAUGGCAAUAUCCCAGUCUACUUUAGUGGUGAAAUGAUUACAGGAAAAGUGAUUUUACUGCUUAAUGAAAAAACUAAAGUAAAAUCAUUAUCGAUUCUUUUUCGAGGAGAAGCAAGAGUGCGUUGGAAAGAAACAACGGGUAGUGGAAGUGAUGAAGAAACUAAAACAUACAGUGAAGUUGUUGAAUAUUUCAACCAGAAAUACUAUCCGAUUGGAGAGAUAAAUGAUGACGCUGUGAAAGAAGAUACUAGAAAUCUUUUUGCCGGGCAACAUGAAUUCCCAUUCAGCUUUCAGCUACCUGCAACACCACUGGUUCCAUCCUUUAAAGGCGAACAUGGUGCAGUGAGAUACUAUAUGAGAGCCAAACUGCACAGACCAUGGAGAUUAGCUAUGGAAGAAGUUGAAGAACUUAUCAUAUUCCAACAUAUUGAUAUAAAUCAGCCUCAUCUUCUGACACCUGUGAAUGAAACCAAGCAAAAAACUGUAGGUUGCCUUUGCUGUAUUUCUGGCCUAAUUUCUCUGAGUGUGAGAAUAGCAAGAAAGGCGUAUGUAACAGGUGAAACAGUUCUGAUCUUUGCAGAAAUUCAAAACUUGUCCUCACGCAAAUUGGUACCAAGGGUAUCCCUUUACCAAAUACAGACAUUCCAUGCUGAAGGGCAUCGGAAUAUUUCACAGAAGGUUCUUGUAGAAUAUAAGACAGAACCAGUGCUACCUGGAAACACUGAUGUAUGGAAUGGAAGACCGGUGCUGAUUCCACCCGUAGUUCCAUCCCUGUUGAACUGUACUAUUAUUUAUGUGGAGUACACUCUAAAGAUUACCAUCAAAAUUCCUUGCAGUAAGAAUUUACAGAUGAAUUUGCCCAUAGUUAUUGGUUCCAUUCCUCUGUCUUCCUUUCAGCAGUCGGACAUUCAAGUUGAACCAUUCAGCUCAAUUACCAAAUGAAG